AUGAGCAACUUACCACCAAAGAAGGAGUCCGUCAUGGGCGUUCCACCUUUCGUCAUUGACUUCUUGAUGGGUGGUGUCUCCGCCGCCGUCUCCAAGACCGCCGCUGCUCCCAUCGAGCGUGUCAAGCUCUUGAUCCAAAACCAGGAUGAGAUGUUGAAGACUGGUCGUCUUGACCGUAAAUACGAUGGUAUCAUUGAGUGCUUCAAGCGUACCACCGCACAAGAAGGUGUUGCCUCCUUAUGGAGAGGUAACACUGCCAACGUUAUCCGUUACUUCCCUACACAAGCCUUGAACUUCGCUUUCCGUGAUACCUACAAGUCGAUGUUCAACUUCAAGAAGGACCGUGAUGGAUAUGCUAAGUGGAUGGCCGGUAACUUGGCUUCCGGUGGUGCUGCUGGUGCCACUUCCCUCCUCUUCGUCUACUCCCUCGAUUACGCCCGUACCCGUCUUGCCAACGACAACAAGAACGCCAAGACCGGUGGUGACCGUCAAUUCAACGGUUUGGUCGAUGUUUACAAGAAGACCCUCGCUUCCGAUGGUAUUGCCGGUCUCUACCGUGGUUUCGGUCCUUCCGUUGCUGGUAUCGUCGUUUACCGUGGUCUUUACUUCGGUAUGUACGAUUCCAUCAAGCCAGUCCUCCUCGUUGGACCUCUUGAGGGUAACUUCCUUGCAUCCUUCUUGCUCGGAUGGACUGUCACCACUGGUGCCGGUAUCGCUUCUUACCCAUUGGACACCAUCCGUCGUCGUAUGAUGAUGACUUCUGGUGAGGCCGUUAAGUACAAGUCUUCCUUGGAUGCUGGUCGUCAAAUCGUUGCCAAGGAGGGAGUUAAGUCUCUCUUCAAGGGUGCUGGUGCCAACAUUCUCCGUGGUGUUGCAGGUGCUGGUGUCUUGUCCAUCUACGAUCAAAUGCAAGUCUUGAUGUUCGGAAAGGCAUUCAAGUAAAUGUAUGUAGAAUGGAGUCAAGGGGGGGUUGAUUGUGAUGGUGGUUGAUGAUAAUGCGAAAUGAGCGCCUCUGGGGUCGGUCGCCGUGGUUGAAAAGCGACAAGGUUGAAGUUGUUACAGACAUCCAUUGCUAUGGUGUUGGAGCAACUUGCAACGAUAGUUUGCCAUAAAAAAGAAAAGACAAACUAGUCGCCGCUGUACUUUAUUACCUAAGCAAUUUUUCCCUGUUCCUCCUUUUGAUCUUGUUGUCUUCAAAGUCUUAUCUCAUUUGAUUUUCAUGUGCCGAAAAGUUUCCUUUGAUUAUUUUGCGAUGCGAAUUCAAUACAUAGAAUGUGAAGAUGGAUGGAUGGUAGUUUGAGAGGUGUUCAAAGAAUAUGAGGGUUUAUAAACUAA